AUUGGGUGAGCCCGCGUCACGUGACCGUCCUUCGACAGGAGUUUCCACGACAGCUGAGUAGCAGCUAAAUGCGUUUUUUCACCUGUAACAUAGACCCUUUUUAACUCCACUGACUCCGAGUGUGGUAGCAUGGCAGACAAGAAGAGCCCCACCAGGCCAAAGCGGCAAUCGAAGCCCUCCGCCGACGACGGGUACUGGGACUGUAGCGUGUGCACGUUCAAGAACACCGCUGAGGCGUUUAAGUGCAUGAUGUGUGAUGUCAGGAAGGGAACCUCCACUCGAAAACCACGGCCUGUUUCCCAGCUGGUUGCACAGCAAGCCAAUCAGCAGUUUGCACCACCUACACUUCCUAAAAAGGAGAAGAAAGAAAAAUCAGAGAAAGACAAGAGUGAUAAAGAACCAAUGCUGAAAAAGAAAAGCCAUAAAAAGAUGAGGCCCAGGUUAAAAAACAUAGACCGGAGCAGCGCCCAGCACCUAGAGGUCACAGUUGGAGACCUGACAGUAAUAAUUACAGACUUUAAGGAAAAAGCCAAACCCACGUCCACUUCAACGAGCGCUGCGUCGGCAGACCAACACAGUCAAAGUGGCUCAAGCUCUGAUAACACUGAACGAGGGGUCUCCAGAUGCUCCUCGCCCCACAGGGAAGGCUCGCCGGUCAACGGAGAGACUCACUAACCUUCACACUCCCAGUCAGCACAAACCAUUCUUCUGCACUCUCAACAGCCUCAGCCAGAGAUUAAACUUCAACAUGCACGUUUUUUUAAAUAAUACUAUAAAUGCCAGUAUGAUAGCAUUCACUUCCUUUGGGGCUGUAUUGUUUCACUGCCUCCCCAUGAUAAUAAACAGUUCAAGAGUCAGGACGUGUGCUGUGCGCUCAGUUCAAAGAGGUGUUGCAGCAGAAUCUGUCACGAUGAACUGAAAAAAGGAACCGUAGCAUUAAAACCAGGAUGUCAGUGGAACUGUGCCACGUGUUGUGGUGACUUGUGUUUUAACACCUCAGUGUUACAUCAGCAUCACACUGAGCUGGUCGUUGCUGCACACAAUAAAUGAUGCAUUAUGAAAGAAAAUAUGAAGAAGUCAUCUCAGAAUUGUAGUUCAUCCUUGAAUUUUGUUAUCGUUAUUUGCACUUAAUGGCAUCCUACAUUCAUGAUAACAUUUGUUUAGCAUUAUUUCCACUGUCAUUAUCAGUACAUCAUAACACUGUUGGUUACUGGCCUUAUCCAGCUCUCAUUUUUAUGCUAUUGGAUGCAAUUUUGUUUUGUUUUUUACUGUCUAACAUUUGAGUAAAAAUAUUGAAUAAUUAUUCUAAGUAUGCUUUUCCUUCACUUGGUAGAGUUAAGCAUGAUUUAAUCUAUAGAAUGGUUUAUAUUGUAAAAUAAUGCAAAAUAAA